AUGGCUGCCAUGGAUUUAGCAGUAGGAAUGAUCUUUGUAUCACAGACUGUACUGGGCAUCUGGGGAAAUGUCUCACUUCUUUACCACUAUAUUUCCCUUCACUUCACUGGGUGCAGGUUAAGGUCCACAGAUAUGAUUCUCAGGAACAUUGUUGUAUCCAACUCUCUGGUUAUUCUGACUAAAGGAAUCCCCUAUUCAGUGGCAGCUUUGGGGUGGCAGUAUGUCCCAAAUGAUUUUGGAUGUAAAUUUGUUUUCUAUCUUCACAAAGUGGGCAGGGAUGUGUCCAUUUUCAGCACCUGCCUCUUGAGUGUCUUCCAAGCCCUCACCAUCAGCCCCAGGUGCUCCAGGUGGGCAGAGCUGAAAAGAAAAGCUCCCAAGUCCAUAAAAUUUACUAUAAUCCUGGGCUGGAUCUUCUACCUGUUGCUAAAUGUCAUGACCCCUGUGAAUAUGAUUGGUAAAUGGAGCUACAGAAACAUCACAAAGAGAAGAGAUUUUGUGUACUGCUCUUCUACAUCUCUUGACAAAACGAUGCAAUCUGUUUAUACAGCACUGGUCAUAUUUCCUGAUGUGUUGUGUUUAGUGCUCAUGCUCUGGGCCAGCACGUCCAUGGUUUACGUCCUGUACAGACACCAGCAGCAGGUCAGACACAUUCAGAGAAACACUGCUUCCCCCAGCUCCUCCCCUGAGACCAGAGUCACCCAAAGCAUCCUUGUCCUGGUGAGCACCUUCGUGUUUUUCUACACCUCCUCUUCCAUUUUGCACAUUUGUAUCUUUCAUUUGAAUAUUUUUGGUUCCUUGCUGGUGAACAUCUCUGCAUUAAUUGCUGCCUGUUUCCCAACCAUCAGCCCCUUUCUGCUCAGGAAGCAGGGCUCCAGUGUGUCUGUUCUACGCUUUUCCAGGGCAAGGAAAGAGAAUCCUCUUCGUUUGUGA